CCCAUCUUAUCCAGAUCAUGUUCUUAAGCCAUGUUUCGAGACGAUCAACAGCAAAACAUGGCUGACGCUUGUUAAAUGAAUCGAGAUAGUAAAAACAACAAGUAAAUCACCAUAUGUACUUCAUCGAUUAGCCGCAUUGCAACACGAAAUAUGUUAGGAGCUAUAAAUAUUCGCACAACCUGACCGAUGGCGAUACUAGGGACGUGUGCAGAAGAUGGCAACGUUAGCUAGUUUCGUUGGACCGGUACUUUCCAGCAUUGUGUUGUUACUGUGGCUCAACUUAGCUAAGGGCGAGUUUGCAGUGCAGUUUGGAGAAUCGCUCAAACCAUGUCCGGAUGCGCUAGAUGAUUCACUAUUGCUGGACCUAUCAGAUCUUCAGGUCAUACCGGAUGAAAAUGAUAGUAUGCUACUAAAUGGAAAAGUGCGCCUGAAUACUGCACUGGAGAGCCCAAUGGAGGUAAACAUUUACACCAAAAGAUUGGAGCAGGGCGAAUGGAAUGAUGCGGUGGUGGGACGCAAAGUGCUUGAUCUAUGUCCAUUGCUCCAGAUUAGCACGGAACCCUGGUUCGUCAUCACCAGUAUGAUGGGCAAAAAAGAUUGUCCCUUCCCGGAAGGGCAUGAGGAGACGUUUGAGAUGCUUCCGGUCGGUGACUUUGGAGUGGAGAUACCUCCCGAUUUUGUGGGCGAUUGGAAGGCAUUCUUCGAGGUAACAUCCAAGGGCAAAGUGUCUUGUUUGAUGGCGGAGUUUAGCAUCGUGGAGGUGUAAUGUGCGAGCUGUAAGCUCCACAAUUCGAAGAGACUUAAGCGAGUUCCAAUAAAAGCAAAGAAAGCUAUUUCUAACGAA